GAUAUCCUUUAAAAAUGAUUUCUUUAUACGGAGUAAGGGUAUCAGCGCCCGGUAAAGUUAUCUUGCAUGGAGAACAUUCAGUGUUGUAUGAUAAGUUCGCGAUCGCUGCUAGUCUUGGUCUCAGGACUUCGUUGGUUAUACAGGAAACUAAUCCAUCUUCAAAUGUUUUAUCAGUACAUAUUGAUUUACCGUGCGUGCAUCUCAAAUGCAUCUUAUCACUAGACGAAAUCAGGAAGAACUUGUUCGAACCAUUUGAUAGCCGAACAUGGCGUGAACCAAAAGCACUAGACCACGAAUAUCACCUGAGGAAAGUAGAUAAUUUUUUCCAAAUUGCAAUUUCCAAACUUGGUAAACUUAACAGCGUGCAAACGAAUGCGAUCCGUUGUUUCCUGUACAUCCUUUCUGGGAUUUUCGGCGGUACAAAUAUUUUGAAUCGUAGUUUCAAUGUAAUCGUCGAUUCGAGUUUAACGGUUGGCGCUGGGACCGGUAGUUCAGCGUCAUUCGCUGUUUGUCUGUCAGCUGCUUUGAUACAGCUCAUGAAGUUGAAGACUGGGAAUAAAGACAGACAGUUUAAGGACGAUGAUAAAGCGCUUAUAUCAGCUUGGGCGUAUAACUGUGAAAAGAUCAUGCAUGGCACACCUUCAGGUAUAGAUAAUGCGACAUGCACAUAUGGAUCAUUGGUCGGCUUCAAGAAAGGUGAGGAACCAAAGCUGUCAUCAUUCAAAACCAAUUUAAGAAUACUAUUAGUCGAUACAAGAGUUAGCAGGCAGACAAAAAUUCUGGUGGCCAAAGUAGCUACACUUUGGGAGCAGAAUAAGCUAGCUGUUAAUAGUAUUAUGGACGCUUGUGGGCACAUCGCGACUUCUGCUUAUGAGAUCAUGGAGAAGUUAUCUGCCAGCGAUUGUGAAAAUUCUGAAGCACUCUUCAAGCAAUUAUCGGAUUUGUGGAAUAUGAACCACUGUCUCCUGGCGUCUUUGGGAGUUUCGAAUCCGGCGCUCGAGGACAUCAGAUCGUUAGCGGCGUUGUACGACCUCGCUUGCAAGCUUACCGGCGCGGGGGGUGGAGGCUACGCCAUAAUACUUAUACCACCAACAGUUGAACAAAAAACGGUCGAUUCUCUAAGGAGUCACUUCGAAUGCAGAGGUUACACAGUCAAAGACACGCUACUCGGUGGCCCCGGUGUUACUCUAGAUGAAAUAAUAUUACGUAGAUGUGAAUAAUAAAAGUCUAACACCAUGGGAUAAUACCAUAAACAAUUCUUUAUC